UGGGCAACAAAUUUUUCUCAAACAGUGCAAGCUCUUUGAAGCCGAUGACGUUAACGACAACAGAUUUGUAGUUUCAACUUGACGUGGCACGUGUUUGUUAAUUCUUGGCUUUAAUGCUGCACAAGUGUUAAAGAAUAAGUACUGUGUAACAGUAUUUACGGAAUAAGAGUUCGAUUUUAAUAUAUCAUUACAAUCAUGGGACUGACAAUAUCAAGUGUUUUGACAAGACUCUUUGGGAAGAAGCAGAUGAGAAUUUUGAUGGUCGGACUUGAUGCCGCAGGAAAAACAACGAUAUUGUACAAGUUAAAGCUUGGUGAAAUCGUCACUACCAUUCCAACUAUUGGUUUCAAUGUAGAAACGGUGGAAUACAAGAACAUAUGCUUCACUGUGUGGGAUGUAGGUGGUCAAGAUAAGAUAAGACCACUGUGGCGCCAUUAUUUCCAAAAUACUCAGGGCUUAAUUUUUGUCGUUGACUCCAAUGACAGAGAAAGAAUUGGUGAAGCAGAAAAGGAACUACAGAAUAUGCUGCAAGAAGAUGAAUUACGAGAUGCUGUCCUACUUGUUUUCGCAAACAAACAAGAUCUGCCAAAUGCUAUGAGUGCAGCGGAACUCACUGAUAAGCUUGGGCUGAAUCAACUUCGAAACAGACAUUGGUACAUACAAGCUACGUGUGCUACGCAAGGUCAAGGCUUAUAUGAGGGCUUGGACUGGCUUUCAAAUGAACUAGCCAAAAAGUGAAGACUGUGCAUUCCGUGUGUGGCAGUGUUGUGGAGUUAAGACUGUGACUCUUCUGAACUAUAAUUCCUGAGCUGUAUUACACUUAAUUUAUAUUUGUCUCUUAUUGAAACUUGUUGUUCAUUAUAUCUCUUGCUGUUAAGAAGUUGUAAA